AUCAAGAAAAUCUAGCCAAGAGACAGCUGCAUAAUCAUAUUGCAGCACUGUUUUUUGGUUUUUUUUGCACCAGCUGCUGCCUGCGGAGGUGUAACCACUGCGGCUGUCUGCGGUCUCCGGCCCGUUCCUGCAGCACGGGUCACAGCGUCCAUCGCCAUCCUCUGCACCUCAGCCCAGGGCACCGCAGCCUCUGUCCGGUUCUCACAGUCUUAGCACCGCCUUCGUCCCUGCAGUCCGGCUGCCGCCGCUCCUUCCACCUCCGCCCCAGGCACCGCCGCUUCUGAUAUUGCGGUGAGUCUUUCCCUGCGGCGGUCAGAUCCGAUCUUGGCGGUAGCCACCUGACGCGUGUACAGUCCUUCGAAAAAUGGCCGAGUCAGCCGAACACACGGAACUAUUAGAGUCCAGUCAAGAAGAGGCUGGUAAUAAGGGGAUGAUGGAGGGGCCGGGAAAACUACCGGACUGCAGCGAAGGAGCCACCGCUGUGCCUGGGGAAGGCGGGCAAAAAGGUGAAGAUGCUGAUGAGGACUCAGGAUCAGACCGGCCAAAAGGACUUAUGGGUUAUCUUUUAGAUACGGACUUCGUUGAAAGUCUACCUGUGAAAGUUAAGUUGCGUGUGUUAGCCCUUAAAAAGCUUCAAACUAGAGUGGCAAAUCUAGAAUCCAAAUUCCUGAGGGAAUUUCAUGGAAUUGAAAGAAAGUUUGCUGAAAUGUAUCAACCCUUAUUGGAAAAAAGACGUCAGAUCAUCAAUGCAAUCUAUGAACCUACAAAAGAGGAAUGUGAAUAUAAAGCACACUCUGAGGACUCUGACGACGAGAUGGAUGAUGAGGAAGAGAUGUGUGGUAAUGAGGAGGGUCUGGUACAUGAAUGCAUGGAUGAGGAUGACGGUUACCAGGACGAUGAUUAUGAUUAUGCUGGUGAAGAGGAGGAGGCCGACCACGACGAUGACGAUGAUGAUGACAUCGAGGCUGCUGGAGAACAUAAUAAAGAAGAAGAAGAUCCUAAAGGAAUUCCUGAUUUUUGGCUGACUGUCUUAAAAAAUGUUGACACACUCACUCCUGUGAUUAAGAAAUGUGACGAGCCUAUUCUGAAACUGCUGACAGAUAUUAAAGUGAAGCUUUCAGAUCCUGGUGAGCCUCUCAGUUUCACACUAGAAUUUCACUUCAAACCCAAUGAAUAUUUCAAAAAUGAGCUGUUGACAAAGACCUAUGUACUGAAGUCAAGGCUGGCAUAUUAUGAUCCCCACCCCUACAGGGGAGCUGCAAUCCAGUAUUGCACAGGCUGUGACAUAGAUUGGAAUGAAGGAAAAAAUGUCACUUUGAAAACCAUCAAGAAGAAGCAGAAACACCGGAUCUGGGGAACAAUCCGAAUUGUGACCGAAGAUUUCCCCAAGGAUUCAUUCUUCAAUUUCUUUACUCCUUAUGGAAUCAAUUUAAAUGGGAAGGAUGGAAAUGAUGAUUUUUUACUUGGUCACAAUUUACGUACUUACAUAAUCCCAAGGUCAGUGUUAUUUUUCUCAGGUGAUGCACUUGAAUCUCAGCAGGAGGGGGUAGUUAGGGAAGUUAAUGAUGCAAUUUAUGACAAAAUUAUUUAUGAUAACUGGAUGGCUGCAAUUGAGGAGAUUAAAGCCUGUUGCAAAAAUCUUGAGGCAAUAGUGGAAGACAUUGAUCGCUAACGCAGGGUGUGCAUGGCCCUGGGAUUAACAGCCCUAGUUCUAGUUACCGAAAAGAAGUUAAUUAUUCCUGGGUUCUGAAUUUUUCUUAGUGUUAGUUAAAGCAUAUGGCUCAGAAAUGUAAGAGAAGUUCAAAUACUAAUUCAUUUGACCUUGCAUUUUAGUAGUAGAAUGAUUUUUUAAAAUGUAGACUGUGGUUUAAGACAUUAAUAUAGUCUGGUGUGCUUGAAUUUUUCUGAAGUCCUUUUGUUAUGUAGCUACUAAUCUGUGACUGUGAAAAUUAUCCAAACUGAUAAAUGAGAUCAAUAUUUAUUUGGAAAGAAAAUCUUGGAGAACCCACCCAAGGCUUUUUGCUGUUGUUGUUUGGGUACUUUUGUUUUCUUAGUCCUUUAGGUAGUGGGUUUAAUUUUGUUGUACCUGCUUCAUUUUGCAAUAAAAAUGCAGUGGAAUUUAAAACUUGAAUGCUUAAAAAGAAGCCUGCAUAUGGUUAAGCAUUUCAGGCAAAACCAAAUUUAUUGUUAAUAACAGCUAGUUCAUAUGCUCUUGUAUUGUGACCAUAACAAAUAAUGAAACUUACUUAUACUGAAGUUAUUGUUUAUCAGUGAAGUAUUAAUCACAGUAUAUUCAAAAGAUUGCCACAUAUUGUUCUGUGUAAUUGCGUAAGCAGUAAUUACAAUGUACAAUUUUUCUUUUCCUAUAGUACAUUUAGUCUUUCAUUGAAAGUAAACCCUUUACCAUUUCGAAAAGAUUUUUCAUGUUCUUUCAUUUCAAAAUAA